AUGGGCCGCCGAGGCGACGGGCGCCCCCGCACCAAAAUGGCGGCGCUCCGCCGCGCCCUCCUCGUUCGCUUCCAGUUGGGUUUGGGGGACCCUUUGGAGGACUUUCCCUACAUCUCAGAGAAUCACAUCGAGAAAGGGCCCAAGUCCAAGUGCGUGGACCCGGAGCCGCCGCCUCCGCGGGGCAUCACCAACCUGAGCGGCAUCCAGAACCAGGGCGGCACCUGCUACCUCAACUCCCUGCUGCAGACGCUCCACUUCACCCCAGAAUUCGGAGAAGCUUUGUUUGCCCUGGAUCCAGAAGAGCUUGGAUUGUUAGAGGACAAGGAUGACCCCAAUGCGAAGGUGCGAAUCAUCCCUCUGCAGUUACAGCGGCUCUUUGCUCAGCUGCUUCUCUCAGACCAGCAGGCGGCGUCCACCACGGACCUCACUGACAGCUUCGGCUGGAACAACAGCGAGGAGAUGAGGCAGCAUGACGUGCAGGAGCUGAACCGGAUUCUCUUCAGCGCCCUGGAGAGCUCCCUGGUGGGCACCUCCGGCCAUGACCUCAUCAACCGCCUCUACCACGGCACCAUCGUGAACCACAUCAUGUGCAAGGAGUGUGAGAACGUCAGCGAGCGGCAGGAGGACUUCCUGGACUUGACCGUGGCGGUCAAAAACCUGACCGGCCUCGAGGAAGCCCUCUGGAGCAUGUAUGUGGAAGAGGAGUUCUUCGAUGCAGAAAACCUGUAUCACUGCGGAACCUGUGACAAGCUUGUUUGUGCGACCAAGUCAGCCCGCCUGCGCAAGCUGCCGCCUUUCCUGACCAUUUCGCUGCUGAGGUUUAACUUUGACUUUGCCAAGCGGGAGCGCUACAAGGAGACGGGCUCCUACACGUUCCCUCUGCAGAUAGACCUGAAGCCCUUCUGCGAGCAGAGCGAGCUGGAUGACUCGGAGUACCUGUAUGACCUCUUCUCCGUGAUCAUCCACAAAGGCGGCUGCUAUGGAGGGCACUACCACGUGUACAUUAAAGACGUCGACCAGCUAGGAAACUGGCAGGUGGAGGAGGAUGAGCCUGAAGCUGUUGCCGAGGCCACGAGUUUGAAAGAUCUUCCAAGUAUCCAAGAAGCAGACAACCCGCUGAUGGUCCUCAAGCACAUCUUAUCCCAGGAGGAGAAUAAGCUGAUUCCUGUGGACCAGCUGGGCCAGAAGCUCUUAGCGAGCAUAGACAUAUCCUGGAACAAGAAGUACCGGAAGCAGCAUGGCUCCCUGCUGAAGUUUCUGCAGGCCCAUUCGGAUGUGUUUCUCGUCAGCUCGAACCCCAGCAAGGUCUGUCUCAGGAGGGAUGCCGGCCCUGCUCAGUCGCCCCCCGCUGAGCUGGACCAGACCGGGCCCGUGGCCCCUUCUCAGGGCGGGGACCCCGAGGUCUGUGGGGCCGAGUCUGCCGGGGAGCAGCAGGUGGAGGUGAGCGUCGAAGGCCCUCAUUGGUUCGACAUCAACGACUCCCAAGUGGAGCCCAUCCAGGAGGCGGACAUUGAGAAGCAGUUUCAGGGGAAGGAGAGCGCCUACAUGCUGUUUUACCGGAAGACCCAGCUGCAGAGGCCCCCGGAAGCUCAGUCGAACCCGUGGUACAAGGUUCCAAAUCACCUGUUGAGGGAGGUGCACGAAGCCAACAGUGAGCUGCAGAAGAAGAGGGCAGACUAUGACUCUGUGGUCAACAAUCUGGACCUGCAUCUGCACCUGGGCCCUUGCUAUGAGUUUUACAAUGGGGCCCUGCACCCCUCUUCCUCCAGGACAGAAGAUUGCAUGCUGGACUUGACCAUCGACAAAAGGAAAACGUUAGGCGAUCUGCGGCAGGCCAUAUUUCAGCUCCUGGAAUUCUGGGAAGGGGAUCUGGUGCUCAGCGUUGCCAAGCUCGUGCCUGCGGGACUCCAUGUUUGCCACGCCUUUGAAGGAGAUGAACUGACAUUGCAUGAAAUUGAAAUGACCGAUGGGGAAGACAUCUUUGUGUGGAAUGGGAUGGAGGUUGGUGGGGUCAGGAUUCCAACCGGCGAUGACUCCAUUCCCAUCCUUUUGACUAUUCUUCAACUCACAAAUAACAAUGUGGGAGAAAAGGGGCAGUCGUUUAUAGAAAGACGCCAAGUGUUUCCCUCGAAUGCUAAAGUGAGCACCCUAUUCACAGUCUUAGCGUUCCCUGUUGGCCUCGUCCUGGUAAACAUUACAGGCUCUCGGGUUCUUGAGUUAGAGAACUGGACAGUCAUUCCCAAGGAGAACCUGGAACAGACAUUCAAAGACCAUGGCCUUCAAGAUGGCAGCUCCGUGUGGAUAUUAAACUCCAACAGCUGUGACCAAAGCUUGGUGAUGCCCGGAGGCAGACGGAUGAAUUCUCUGAGCAACUUCAAUUGGAUGCAGGUUAAAAAUCUGUGCCAAGCAGAUUCCGAGGAGGAGCAAGUGAAAGUUUCUGCGACAAUUGAAACAACGCUGUUGGACAUCAGAAUCAAGGCCAUCAAGGAGCUGGGCCUGCAGGAGGAGUUGGUUCACAACAGCUGCUUGAGGCUGAUCGACAGGAACGGGCAGCUUCUUUUUCCAGUGCCCGAGCAUUACACCGUGGCCGAGGCAGAGAUGGAGAUGGGCAGUCUGUUGGGACUCUGUCGGGGCAAAGCUCCAACGUCCUCACAGCUGUUCCUGUUUUUCACCGUGGGCUCCGACUUUGAGUCGGGCCUCAUGAUGGAGAUCAUUGUGGAGUCGACAAUCUCUGUGAGAGAAUGUUUGAAGGGGAUGCUGGAGAAAGCCGGUCUGCAAGGUGACUCAUGGCAUUUGCGAAAAAUGGAUUGGUGCUUUGAAGCUGGAGAGCCUUUAAGUGAGGAAAACGCUUCCCUGAGUGAGCUUAUGAUCACCAGUGGAGACACUCUGAUCUUGUCUGAAGGAAAGCUCCCCCCCAAGGGCUUUCUAAAAGUGCCUGUCUGGUGGUACCGGCCAUCAGCUCCCUCGGGCUGGCAGGAGAAUCCCCAGAACCAGGUGAACCACAUCACUCACCAGGUGGAGGCUUUGAGAACCAUUCCCGAAGGAGGGGAUCUGCAUGGAGAUAUUCCGAUUGUGGUCCAGCCGGAGAUUCCGUUUACUUUCAUGGGGGACGUUGAGAUCUCCGAAGAAGCUUCUGUGGCGGAUCUCAAGACCCAGGCCAUGAUGCUGCCGUCCUUCCUGGAGUUCAGUUUUCCGUCGGCCGACUUCCUCAGAGCCUGGACCAUGGAAAGUAAGCGUCCAGGCAGGCUUUUACGAAACAACCAGCAACAACUCAAGGAUUACAAAGUGGGAGGAAGGACUCAGAUCUGUGUGGAGCCCCUCCAGAAGGCAGAGAACUUGGGCCCCAAGGACAUGCUGCUGAGGACCCAGAUGGGCAUCCCCGGGGAGAGGGCCUACUACCCCACGGUGGACUUUGUCUGGGACAUUGUGAAUGAGUGCACCGCGUCAUCCCUGCGCCAGGCCGUGGCCGCCCAGUACUGCCUCCCCAUGGACAGCAUCGAGAUCGCCAAGUACUUCCCGGACAAGUUUGAGUGGAUGCCCAUCUCCAGCUGGGAUCAGCAAGUUUCCAAGAGGAAAAAGAAGAAGAAGCAGGAGAACUUGCAGAUAGCCCCUUAUUACCUGAAGGAUGGAGACAUUAUUGGGGUAAAGAAUCUGCUGGUAGACGACAACAAAGACUUCAGCACGCCGAGAGACGACAUUGGCAAAGAGAAUCAGACCAAGCUCUUUGUGGGAAAGAGGAGAAGGCGACAGGCUGUCCAGCUGCAGAGCAGCGACCUUGAGGCCGACCCGCACGUGCACGAGAAGGCUCACCGCCCCGAAGCUGGGCUCUCCAUCAACGUGGGCGUUUUCAGAUAGCACCCGGGGGGCUCUGCGAGAGGCCAGCUGUGACCUACCGCCUGACUGACCUCCGGGCUUCAGGGGUAGGCCGAGUGGGAGGGAGGGAGAGAAGGGACUUGUGAGUGAGGGCCGAGCAGGCGAGCAGGGGCCGCGGCCGCCCACACCGGCGCCAUCCACCCGGGGCCACCUCCCGAGCCAGCUCGGGACAGAGACCAUCGGCCCGUUCCGCCAGACCAGUGGGAUGGCUUUUUCUGCGGGGGGGGAGGAAGGGGGGGGUUGGCCAGCAGCACAGACAGACCCAAGCCCCGAAACUUCUCUUGGCCUGUGGAUCGGCCAUCACUGGUGGUGAGAUCCUUCUCUGCCUCAGGCAAGGUAAAUGCACUUUAUGGCUCUGACCCACUGUGUGCAAACGUACCAAUUUGUGACAUUCUCUUGGAGGGCCCUUGAGCUGAGCUCCAGCUGGGCCCCGAGACCUUGCUCUACUCGGAGGCCCCUGCCGUGAAGACUGGAGGGUCACCGAGACCUGCCACCUGAUCGAUCCCUCGACGGGUCGAUUGUUUUUAAUUCCCUCUUCUCCGUGGCUACUUAGUCCUUUUUGGGACGCUCCCUUCAGAACGGUUCCAGCGCAGAGUGCAGUAGCAGCAGCAGCCUUUACGACUGCUGCCAAACCCUGUGUUUUGUUUUGUUUUUUGUUUUUCCUGUACUUUAUACUGUCUGUUUUUCCCCUAACAUUUCUUUUACACAUUAAAGUUUCCUUUUGAACUGAGUUUAAUCCAUUAUCUUAGGGUCAUGAUCCUGUAGUCACUGACAUUUGAAACUAGAGAUAGACAGGAAUCAUCACUUGGAGAACGAUACGAAUUGUUUUCUAGCUCUUUGAAGGUGAGAAGUGACAAGGCGAUGUUCCAGAGUGUGGCUUUCCAUGUAGCAAUCUCUGGGUGUGAUUUUUUAAAAAAAGGUUUCCACUCUUCUUGUACUGUCAAUGCCUCAGUUUCCCUGAUUGUCCUCCGUUGUCAUCUUUUUGGAAAAUUCAGAAAAGCCUCUUGUUGGGUUGGUUCAUUGGAAUCAUUUUCCCAGUUAGUAGUAGUCUGUCCUUCAGUAUUCUUCUUGGCUGAAUUCUGUGGCAAAGACCGGGAAAUAAAGAACGUAUGAAAUGAGCCUGUGGUUUUCUUGGUAUUGCAAAGACUCGGGCAGCUGCCGAGCCGGGUGAAGUAGGUGGCCCUUUAGCGCAGAGGGAGUAGCUCCUUUCCUGGGGUGACACCGAGGGGCCGAUUCAGAGGGAACGUCAUCUCUGACGUCCAGAUGUAAAACCAGUAGCCGGCAGCGGCCUGCUCCCCUCCUCCCCUCCGUGGGGCUCUUUUUUUGGAGAGACUCGGAAUUGUAUCCUUUGUCUUGACCUUAUGAAAAGUCUCAUCGACACUUGGUUCGGUGGUACUGAAAUGCGGUCGUAGAGUGUCAGAGCUGGGAUAAAAGCACCAGGGCAUGGGCGUGAUGUGUGUGGAUCUGAGGGGAUGCAUUGCUGAUCACACGGACUGACGAGCGCGUCUCAGCCUGCACAGAACUGGAGAGGAGCCCCUCCUUUCCCUGCCUGCCCAUCCUUUGACCCCCUUGAAAAUGAGGACUUUCUUUUCUUUAUGAAUUCUGGCUGAUGUGGGGAUGCGGUCCCUUUGUACUUGCGAUGGUCGCUCUUCUUGCCAUUAAAUCGAUUGGGGGGAUGUACCUCGAGCGUCCUGGAAGCGUCCAGGAUUGGAAACGAGCACCGGGACGCUUCCCUCGGGUUGUGUGGCCUUUCAUGCGGUGCCGUGUCACAGCUCCCUCCUGAAUUGCCGUCUGUGUCUUCCUCGGGUGAACGGUCUCUCGUCUGAAGUUUCUGUCCAGGCCAGAGAUCCCGCUGCCUUCCCCGCCGUGUGCCAAGAUCGGUGUUUCUCGGUAUUUCGGAUGUGCCUUUAAGGUGUAACGUGACAGUUGCUGCCCUGACUUCUUGAAGCCGGCUUUCUCCUGGGGCGGUGGGUGGAGCGUCAUGGAUGACUUUCCUUUUGUGAAAAGGCAUCAUGGGAGAGUCAAAAAGGAGCUGCAUUUUAAGGGGAAACAGACCACUCUGAAAUCUGGGGCCUUGGUUUUCUAAUGAUCCAUUUGCUGGAGUGAAGGAAGCUUUGUGAUCCUUCCCCCUCGUCCCCCUCAAAUGUACCUCAGAAACUAAAUAAAGACGGUUUAUGCGAAGAAA